AUGGCGGAACAAAAAAGCAAGGAUGUUUGGGGGCAACCUCAGUUCAUGUCCUACCUACGCAGCACAUACUUUUUUCAGCUUUCCCCAGCAGAGGUGCUGGCGCAAUACCAGGUGAGGGAUGCUAUUCUAACGGCAGAGGGCACAGUCAUUUGCGCGAGCUGGCGGGCAUCACAUGCCCGAUCGCAGCCUGGCGCAGCUGGGUCGCAACCCGUCGAAGCAAAUCACAAGCAUGACCUUCGCGCUGCGCUGGUCCGCGUGCUUGCAGGGCGGGACCCGCGGGCAUUUUUCCCACCCUUUCGUGAAGCCUUGAUGGCGCGUGGUCACCUGUCGCGAAAUGGCAGAUCAACAGCUCUGCAGUUGCGCUUUGGCAUCAACGCGAGUGCAUACAGCGUGUACAGUUACGGGAGGGCUUUGUCUAUGUCAUGCGUCGCAGCCUCCUGCAGUGGCGUCCUGGCCGCUCACGGUGGAGCCUACAUCCCUGUACCUGCAGACGACCUCAGGGUCUCCUGCAUAGAAGCCCACGAGUGUGCGAAAAUGGCAAGCAUGCGCAGCGGGACGGACUUGCUCCGGUUGUGGCGACAGGCGCGGAUCAUCACAGGUCGCGCCUAUGCACUGGAUUUUGUGUGGAAGCGGUGCCGUUAUCAUCGGGUCGCAGUGUUGGCCGGUGAGCUGGCCACCGAUCGCUGGAGCAUGCUGCAGAGCCUCUGCCCGAGUCUGCCAUUUGCGCUGUCUUUGCUCACUACCGGGGACACAUCUCUCGAUGUCAUCGGCCAGCGUGCAGUUGGACGUCCACCGAGUCUCGACUUCUCUCAACGCGGCCGAAGCGCAGGGCAGCUCAUGGUAGAAGCGGCCGAGCGUCAGGCCUGCCUGCGUGCGCGCGCGACAGCCGAGCAGCAGGGCGCGGAGUUUGCCCCUACCGUCAACGAGGCGCCCGCCUCCGCAGCUCGUGCCAAUGCUGCUGCAACACGCUUCCAGCCCGUGCGCGGGCCAGCUUGCAGCUCCAGUCAGAAUAGCAGUCGGGGACCCACCGAGUUCCGCGCCAACUUUGACCUAGUGCAGGCAGGCAAGCAGUGUAGAGCAAGUGAAAGUGUUUCUGCAGCAAAUCCAUAG